GCGUGCGCAUGCGCGGCAGGCCGGCUGCUGGGGUCUCCAGCGGCUGCAAUCUGUUGCGCCGCCGCCCGCGGGAGCCGGCAGAUCCGGGUCUCGUGGCUAAGGGUGACGUGGUCAGUCGAAUCAAAACAGAGGAGGGGAGGAAGCCGGCGGCCAGGAGCGGCGGCGGCGGCGGCAGUGGCGUCCCGAGCAGCCGCAGCGUUCCGGAAGCACCAGGCGGUCUUUCUGCCGAGGCUUGGUCCCGGCCCCUAUCCUCCCCGCCCCACCGCUUGUUGUCUGGGCGGAUUUAAACAGUCAAGUUAAAUCAAGCUGGAUAAUCAUGGCAGAAGGCGGAUUUGAUCCUUGUGAAUGUAUUUGCUCUCAUGAACAUGCGAUGCGAAGACUGAUCAAUCUGUUGAGGCAGUCCCAGUCCUACUGCACAGACACAGAAUGUCUUCAGGAAUUACCAGGACCCUCUAGUGAUAAUGGCAUCAGUAUUACCAUGAUCUUGAUGGCCUGGAUGAUUAUUGCAGUGAUCUUGUUUUUAUUGAGACCUCCUAAUCUAAGAGGAUCCAACCUAACUGGAAAACCAACCAGUCCUCAUAAUGGACAGGAUCCACCAGCCCCACCUGUGGACUAACUUUGUGGACAUGGGAAGUGAAAAUAGUUAACACCUUGCACGACCAAAUGAACGAAGAUGACCAGAGUACUCUUAACCCCAUUAGAAGUGUUUUUUCUUUUGCCUCUGCAAUAUGGGAUGGUAUUGUUUUCAUGAGCUUCUAAAAACUUCACUUGCAAGCUUAUUUUUGCUUCCUGUGUUAUCACCUUUCUUAUAUUUGAGUAAAUGAUAAAUUAAAAAGUUACAUGGGACUUUUUUUGGUUAUCCUAAACUUAAACAUUCCAUUCAUUCUGUUUGUAAUUGUGAUCAUAAUUUUUGUGAUAAUUCCUGGCCUGACUGAAGGAAAUUUGAGAUCUCUACAUUUAAAUAUUUUAAAUAGUUUUGAUGGGUUUAAAAACAUUUUAUAAGGUAUUUAUAAAGUUAUUUGGGGUUAUCUGAGAUUGUAUGAAAGAAAAUUAGAACCACACUGUAUUUACACUUACCUUGGUAGUUUAUUUGUGGGUGGCAGUUUUCUAUAGUUCUUGGGACUGUGACAGCCUUUGGAAUAUUUUACAAGUUACAGCUGAAAUCUGUAUCAUCCACUACAACUGGUUUAUGUGGCUAAGAAAAAAGGAGGAAAGCAGAAAAGAAGUAAUUGUUUACUAAGUUUUCAUUCCCAUAAAACAAGUCUAAUAAGAUGAUUGAACUUGGUGUACCCCCAAAAAAAUAAUAAAAAAAAAAAACAAGUCUAAUAUUAAGAAAACUUGAACAUGAUUUAAGUACGGUAGAUGAUUUGCAGUCCAUUCUAUGAAAUUUGUAAGCCACUGUACACUAGCCUUACACAGUUCAUGAAAGGAGGAAAAAAUUUAAUUCUUUCUGCCUUUGUAUACUCUAUACAUUAAUAAUUUAAGCUAUAAUUUAUUUUUAAAAUGGGUGCCUCUCAGGAAGCUGCUUUUCUGUUGUAAAACUUCCCUAAGUGAAACUGUCUUAAAGCUGUAUUGGGGGCCUGUUUGGGACAUUUGAAUGCUAUUUACUUACUCUAUUUUUGAAGAAAAAAUUUUGAGUCUUAUCUUUCUAACUUUAAAAAAUAUUUAAUGAAUUCUUGAUUUACUCCAAGGGAAAAGGAGGAAAAUGAGAAACAAUCAGGAUCUUUUCCACAACUCCUGUUUCAUUCUUGUUUGGUAAUAGGAUGGAUUGGGGUGGGGAGGAGCAUUAAUAUCAGUAAAAUUUUGAAAUGUAUAAAAAUGUAAAGGAUUGCAUUGUUGGUUUUUUUUUUUUUUCAGUUUGAUAGAAAAUGAAUACAAAUGGCAUAAAAAAAAGUCUGCAUGACCUGUGUGGUUAUGGAAUUUUUUCCUAGCAAGUAUUUGCAGAUGAUUUAUGGGGGCUAGAAGAUAUUUUGCUAUCAAUGUAAGAUUUUCCCCCUAGGUCAGUUUAGCUUUUCACGGUAUAGAUCUGAGAAAUUACUUGUAUGAAUUGAAUAAACUUCUCUAUAUCAUUGUACUGUUUAAUAGAGUCUCUGAUGCAAUUAUGUGACACUCGUAGGUAUUUCUUCCCCUUUAUUAUGAUUAUAUUCUAGGCCAUAAACACUGUAAGGGCUCCAUUUCAUUAUAUGAUCUGAUAUUGACUGCUUGCAUUCCUCCUAUACAUCUUAGCUUUGUGCUCAACUUCUUGAAAUAAUAUAACCUACUUUUAAUUACUUGUGUUAAUUGAGGGGUAUCAUAACAUAGGUAAGUCAUAUCCUGGAUAAAUGAACACCAUAGAUUUAAGGGUUUUUCUCUCAGUGUGGCCUAAUGGAAUCCUUCCCAGCUACAGCUCUCAAAACAUUUAAAGCAGAAAGAGGCAGGAAUGGCCUAAGAUGGAGUUAAAUCCCUAUAAGCAUUCUUUUUCUGCCCUUACCCCUGAACUUUGAAGGCUAGCACAUAUAUCCUAAUAGUCUGCUCUCUAAGCUGGUAGAAAGCUGGUCUCUGGAUGAGAUACUGAUAUGUUCACUGAAUCUGUGGCUCACAAAUCAUUAAGAAUUGACUUUGGUUGAAGAAGAGGCUAUGACGUGGAAACAGGAUGUCUGUUGUUAGCUAGAGACCUGUAAAUCUGGGUUCUUAUUCCUCGUUCUUCAUUUCUGUCACAUAUAGUUAAUUGACAUUACAUUAGAAUACUAACCUUUUCCUGUAUGGACCGUCUGUUUAAUUAGUAACAAAAGUUCUUAGUGAAGUAUUUAGUCUUGUUUUUUUGCUUGUAAAAUUUCUCUGCACUCCUGACAAAGACAGUAUGCAGUAGCACAUAAAGUAUUUCUAUUAACCUAACUAGUAAUUUAUAUUAUUCUUUAAUUCCUAAAGCUUCUACAUGUGGCCUUUUUAUUGAGCACACGCUUACUCAUUACUUGGCUUGCAAACAUUCACCUGAACUGUGGCUGCAAUCAUUUUUAAAUAAUCUGGAAAAAAGAAAAAGCUUCCCAUUUGAAUCACUUUUGGCUCUUAAACAUUCCACAAAUGCCAUUAAGAGUUUAUUUUGUUUUAGAGUUAUUUAAUGUCUUUUAUGCAAAGUAAUUUUUUUUUGCUUUCCACAUGGAAAAAGUUAACAUUGGAACUGUGUAUAAUAAAAGAUUUUAUCAUGUAUCUAUCCCAAGCACUAGUCCAUGGUCAGUAAGUCAUAUUUUAAACUACUUGGAGAAAGUUUCAGAAGUAACUAUUGAAUACAGCUCUUCCAUGGUUACUUUUAGUGUCUUUGUGGUAUGCGAUGUUAUAGUGUUUGUAGAAUUAUCUAUAUCUUACAUUUUCAAAGGAACCUCAGAAGUUUCUCACCCUGAAUCAAAGUCUGUCACUCUAAAUGAAUAUGUGCUAAAAUUUGACCAGCUCAAUUUAAGACACAAAACAGCAACUUGAAGGAGAAAUGGAGAGAGAGUUUAAAUUAAUGGGUUAAAUUUUGUUAUUGCAGUAGUAGGUUUAGUCUUAUUAACAUUAUAAUAUUUCUAAAUGAAAAGUAAUAUGUAUUUGUUACCAUGUCUGAUGAUUACUUUCUUAAAAGCAAAAGUGGUCAUGUUAUGUACCAAAUGUUAAUUGCUGUUUUUAAAUGUUUAAAUCAUGCCAAACAAAUCAUGUCUGUGCCAUCCAGGGUUUAUUGUAAUCUUUUACUGAGUACUUGGAUUGGGAUAAAGGGCUUGUACUAUGCACUUUUUAUUAAUGAAUAAAUAGAAAACGUUAGUAACACUCAGUGUUUUCUGUUUGGCUUUUGUGGGAAGAGAAGCGAGCAUCUUUUGCUUACUAAAAUGUUAAUAACAUCCUUUAUUAAACAG